CGCCAUCCGAAAGUGUAGUGUGUUUGCUUUGCCUGAUGUGUAAGAAAGAAAGUUGAGAAAUAAUUGAAAUUGAAGAAAAGCUCCAAGUAGGUCAGCUUUCGAUUAUCAUCAUCGAAGAAUAAGCAACCAUCCACAUCUUGCUGCUGCUACUACCAAGCUAGCUAGCUCUUCUGUACCUCUCAUCUUCUUCUCUUAGACAUGGGUUCUUCUUCUAGUCGUCUCGGGUCUCGCUCUUCUCCUCCUCGGGUCAACAACAACCGCUUCAGACUAUCCUCUCUUCUCUGUGGAUCCUCCGCUUCCCGCUCUACAACUCCUCAGAUGGAAGAACGUCCAUCUGAGCUUCAGGUUGGUUCGGCAAGAGAUUUUGAUGAUGAAAUUCAGAAAGCAGCCUCUGAGGAAUCGUCUUUAUCAUGUACAGAAGCUAGAACUAGCUAUUGUCCCCGUGCUGAAACUUCAACCUCAUCUGAUAUGGGAGUUGAGUUCUGUGGUGAUAAAACCGUUGAAGGUUCUUCCAGAAAUGUUGCAGCAAAUAGUCAGAGGAAGUGUUUGUCUGAACGUCAGGAGCUAGUUCCUCCUUAUCAGGUAAGCGCCGAUAAUAGUCGUCAUGAAUCAUAUAGUGAUAGUAGCAACACAGCUAGUACUUCAUCUGUUGAACAUCAGUCUUCAGAUCCAGUUUCUAUAAGUGUUUCUGCUAACAAGGAUGCAGUCAAUAAUGUUGAUGAUCCAGUGUUUAGUGGUAUCUGUCAAACCUCUCGUGACACGAUGUAUCCAAGGAGUUCAACCCCUCAAGAGCGUGGAAAUACCAGUUCUGAUGAAAUUUCUGUUGAGAAUCACACUGGUGCAUUCACAUCUAUCCAGAGUGCUCCUUCCAAUCCUGUUGCUCAAGUUUCCAAUAUAAUGGCAAUUUCUCAAGUGCCAGAAGAUGAACCUCUUCGCGAGGCAAUACCUUCAGGUUUAGGUUUUCUUGUGUCCAAUCGGGAAACAGGGCAGGGAGAUGAUAGCGUGAUUCAAGUUGACGUGGUCACAAUAUCUUCCAACAUUUUGUCAGCAAGCAAUGCAGAUGCCAAUGAUCAUGAUUCCAGAAGAAAUGGUAGAAGAUUAUUUUGGGAUGCUUUUUCACGACGUAGCUCUGGAAGGCUUGGUGAUUCUCCGACCAUUGUCUUCUCCAGUGGAGGUGCUGAUGAUACAGGAUCUCAAGAUCGAUGGCUCAUUGAUUUUAGCGGUGAUUUACCAAAUGAUAGGGUUGGGGAUGAUGCUGGAAAUCCUGGUCGUAGAACUCAUAGAUCGAGUGAACGAAUGCGGCACCCAAGAUCUGAGAUUUGGGAAAGGCUUCGUGGUGGCCUUGAUGAGAUUGGUCGGUUGAAUUCUUCAUGUCCAUUAGGACUCCAUGCUGAUGGUAUGUGCUCAUGCGAGUCUUUCCCAAUGGCUGAGGAAUCUAGCACUCGAGCAAGCAUUUCAAGAAUAGUCAUGCUGGCUGAGGCUCUGUUUGAGGUUUUAGAUGAAAUCCAUCGGCAACCUGGAUCACUUUCCCUAUCCAUGGUCUCACUCCCCGCACCUGAAUCAAUUGUUGACUCCUUCCCUCUGAAGUCUCACAAAAAGGGCGAUGCAGCUAAUGGAGACAAUGAUGCUGAACAAUGUCACAUAUGCCUGGCUGAGUAUGAAGAAGGGGACCAAAUACGAGUUCUUCCUUGCAACCAUGAGUACCACAAGUUGUGUGUUGACAAGUGGCUUAAGGAAAUACAUGGUGUGUGCCCUCUUUGUCGUGGCAAUGUUUGUGGAGAGUUGUCUGCUACCUACUCAGUAGUGCAGUCUCAAUGAUAUUGUGUACAUAGAUGUAAAUAUUCAACUAUAGACUAAAGUACCAUCUGGGUCAUCUAAAGAUACACCUAACAUCAAUUUGAUCCUUCAAAUAUUUUUAUCAUCAAUACGGUUCGAAUUGAUGUCACAUCAAAUUGGAUGGAAGGAUUAUUUUGUCGUCGCUUUAAAUUUUCAAAGAACUAAUUGGAGAUCACAAUUAUUUGAAAGACUAAAUUGGUUUGAA